AUGCGAAAGCUUCUUCUAUUCCGUCCAAAUUCAUUUGAUUCACUUGUAGCAAUUCAGCGUUUAUUUGGAGUGUUGCGUUACAGAUUAUCAAGGUUACCAAGUUCUUCGGUCUGGUGUUUGGUCACAUAUUUCUUUCGUAAAAUCUUAUCCAAACUGUUGUCCCAUCCCGAUAACUCCCCCAGGCUUACUCGUCGCUUCAGCCUGGAGGGUGUAAAUAAAACCCUUGUUACUUUUCCCUCCGAAGCACUAAGUGAUCGUCCAUCUACACCGUCUAUAUCUGUUCUCGAUGUUUACGACAUAGCUGCUUCAAUUGGUAAAGAAUUUGAGUCUAUCAUUGAUAAAUAUGGGCCGUACUCAGUGUCCAACUUAAUGCCUAAAGUGAUAAGCGUCCUUGAAGAAUUGGAAGAUUUCGCAACAAAGUUUGAGUCUGAAGGUAGAGAAAUUAUUACCCUUCAAACUGCCGUACACCGGUUAGAACUUGAAAAGUUGGAACGUAAAGAAGAUCAAAAGAGGCAUAAAAAGGAGCUGGAACAAAUUGAGGAGACAUGGCAUUCUGAAGUUCAGGAACUUUCCCAACUAAUUGAGAAGUUAAAAGAAGAAAACAAACAACUUAAAAAUGCAAUUGAAGAUAAUGAAGCAUCGACUAACCAUUCACCGAUUCCAGCUUGUUCUGCAAAUUCUACAAAUGUCGAGGAAAUACAACUUAUGAUACGCCUUAAAGAAGUUAUAGACCGUCAGAAAAUACUAAUUCGUUCAUUACGUCAACAGCUUACUCAAAAACAUGUUGAUUUAGAUGCGAUGCAACAACAAGCCACACGUUUAGCCAAACUGAAUGCAUCACUACGUCGUAAACAUUUUGUCAGUAAGCAACAAGCAGAUCAAUUACGUGAAGAGAAGCUAACUUUAGAGACACAACUCAAUACAAAAGAUCAGCAAAUUAAACAAAUGGAAGAACAUAUCCAUCAUAGUAAUAAUAAUAGCAAUAAUACCGACUCAUCUAUUUGUGUUGAUAUGUCGAAAUCCUUAAUUGCUGACUUGAUAUCUCCAGAGACUCCGCCUCCACAGUUAACAGAGGAACAAUUAGUUAAACAACUUAAUGCUGAAGGCAAAAUGAUUAUUGAUGGUCGUAAUCCAAAUCGUCCUCAUUUCACCCUUCAGGAACUUAGAAAUGUUUUAAUCGAACGUAAUGAAUUAAAAACACGUCUGAUUGAGGUUGAAGAAGAACUAUCAGUUUAUAAAAGAGCUGGAAAAUCUACAUCUCACUCUGUCAAACGGUGGGAUGAAGAUCCUCCUGUACAAGGUCCUAUUAAUCGUGAACCGGAUGAAAAACUCUAUGGAACUUUCAGACCAAAUCUAGGCGUCAAAAAAUUUUUCGAAAGUCUUUUAUCGAAAUUAAGUCAAUAACUCCUCCUCCAAUUAUAUAUGUUUAUGCAGAAUUAUAUACACAUGUUUAUGGUAAUUAUCUACUUCAAUGAUACUAAAAUCGGCCAUACAUAAUCUCUUGGGUUCUUCUUAAAGGAAUUUUCAAAAAUCUCUCAAUUAAAGAGAAGGAAAUUGUGGUUUGAAAAAAUGUUCUCCAGAUUUUACUGUUUCUAACUUGUGUUUUUUUGUCUUUCUUUUUUUUUCCAGUUUUAAAAUGAUCUAUUUCAUGAUUACUGCAUUUAUAAAACUUACUAUCGCUAUUAAUACUUCUUACAAAUGUAUUGUUGAAAUGAAUUCAAAUGGCAAUGAUUAUUUUGAUUUUUUUUAAUGAUUAUUUACGGUGAACUUGUUGUAUUUUAUCAUAACUAAUUGUUUCUAUGUCAACUGUGUUGUUUUUCCGUUGGUGUUAAUUUCAUAUUGAUAGUGUUUACAAUUAUUUUACUAUAUUCCAUAUGUGAAUUUGAUUUCAGAAAAAUCAUUCCAUUUCUGUAAUACAUUUCUUUUAUAAACUGAAAUAACUAUAAACAAAGCGUAAUUAUUUUCCUUAUUUGCUGUCUUUCAUUAUCAGAUCGACUUCACUUUUAUUGCUUUUGUCCUUCUCUUCAUUCCAACGCUCACUGUCCACUUUAUAUCCUAUUUCAUUAUAAAAUUUGUAUAUCCCUUAACAAAUUUAGUAAUUAUAGGCUAUUUUCCUUCAUGAAUCUUCAAUUGUUCAUUGUUGUCUCUGUUUAAUCAUUUUAAUUCUUAAUCUUUUGCGUCAUUUUCAUCUUCAGUUAUUCAUUUAUCACUCUGUUACACCUGUUACUCCUCUUGGAAGAGCACAGGUUGCCAACCAGCAUUCUCCAUCGAACUGUGAUUCAUUUAUCACGUUAAUAUUUAAUUCGCCAUAUUGAGUUGUGUUACAUCGAUUUACUGUUUUAUUUAUAUCCUUUAUUUUAAUUAAUUAGAUGAUACACUAUCAUGUUUUUCUCACUUUAUUGUUUAUAUAUUAAAUUUAUGAAAUUAAUACUGAAUUCUGUUUGUUUAAUUUUAAUAAUGUUUAAAUUCAUGUACACAUUUAUCUGCAAUAUUUAAUUUAUUGUCUGUGUAUCUGUGUAGGAUUGUAUCACUAGAAAGGAUAAAUGACUGAAACUCUUGCAAUAUAAUCAAUUGUAUGUAAUCUUGAUUAUUUCAAUGAGAGAAACCUCACUUAUUAAUCAAUGUUUUAUUGUGACUUUAUGUCAUUUAAAGGCAAGAUUCAAUUACUGUUAUAGUAUCCCUGCAUAUUAUAUUGUUAGUGUUCAUGAUUGAAUGAAACAUUAAACGCUUCCCUAUUUUUUUUGUUGACAAAAACGGAAAAGGAAUAUUAGAAAUGAAAUGAACACUAUUAUUUUUCACAUCCAUAUGAUAAAAUACAAACUUAGUUAUUAUUUAUCAGACAAUCUAAUAUCACAACUUUGGCAUAUGUUUAAGUAGUAUUUAUCAUGAUAAUAUAUAAUUGAUCAUUUUAACUUAGC